GGGAAGGGGAGCCAAGUCCAAUAGGUAAGGAAGGUACAGUAAUGCCAAUGGAUGAAGAAGGAGAUAGUGUCACACCUGAACCAAAUAAAACUACUCAUGCUAUCCCUCCCAAAACUUCUACAGUGACUGUGGCAGAUGAAGCUACAGAUAACAAUGAGAAUAUUGCAAAUUCUGAUGUGGUGCAUGUUUUACCUCAUAUUAGAAGUUUGAGUUUGGAUAGGGACAUGACAGAAAAGAAGUAUGGUGAUCAGAAAUCAAUAAGCCAUAUGUCAGCAGCAUCAAGUUCUGCCAAGGCUGUACGAUCUAACCACACUGUUCCUCAGCCAUUUGCUCUUGCAACGGAAAAGCGUGCUUCUAGUGCAAAUCGUGCUUUUGUUGCUGAAGCUGCUAACGAGGGAGACAAAGAUCCUAAUGCAGAUGUGCAAUCGUCCGACGUCCAGAAGAAGGCUCAGAGUAACUUAACAGUCACGUCUAGGAGGCCAUUGCAUCCUGAUAACAUCAUGUACUCAGAUGAAGAGGAUUCUUGCUCCAUUACUUCUGCUACCGCACCUUCUAUAAGAAAUUUGAAAGUUAAUACAACAGUGGCAAUUGCCCCUACAUUCAAAUGUAGUGAACGUGCAGAGAGGCGGAAGGAGUUCUAUUCAAAAUUAGAAGAGAAACAUCAGGCUCUCGAAGCAGAGAAACUUGAAUGUGAAGCUAGGACCAGGGAAGAGAAAGAGGCAGCUCUAAAGCAACUAAGGAAGAGUUUGAAUUUCAAAGCAACGCCAAUGCCUAGCUUCUACCAUGAGGGGCCUCCGCCAAAGCUUGAACUAAAGAAGCUGCCUCCAACUCGGGCUAAAUCACCCAAGCUUGGUCGACGGAAGAGCUGUGGCGACGCAAGCAAUCUGGCUUUAGGAGACUACGGUCGGCAUCAACAUCACAAUUUUGGUACUUCUGAGGAUCCUCCGAACAAGUUACAGAGUAAUACCAAGAACAGUAACACAACUAAAGCCAAAGAAGGGGUUAAAUCCACGAGGGAGAAGUCUAAGCAUCAAGGUGACGAGGUAGCAGCUCAGGCUCCCUCUGACAAUACUGUGCAAGGUCAAGCUGACACUGGUGUCAGUGUGCAGCCCUGAUUUAUCUCAGUGUGCUGCAUUUCCAUGCCCUUUUGAUCCUUAAUUUUUCUUAAAUCCAACCUAUAAUUUAUCUCUACAUGAAAGUGUCAGCUUUUGUAGAUUGGUAACCAAUGUGAGAAAUCGUUGUCACUGUUGUCGAUUUUGUAUCUAUGUUACGAUCCUGACAGUCGGUGAGAACUGCUGGAAAUACUUGUCUCGUUAACCUUUUUGACUUGAAUUAUAAACUU